CCUCCCGGGAGCCGCUGUCCCGGGCCUGGCCCGUGCGCGUCCGCCUGCUGCACCGGGGCACCAGGAGCCGCAGAGGUACGGGACCCGGCGGGGGCGCUGACCUCGCCCUAGGAGUCUUAGGAUCCCGGAGACAUCCGUGUCUGCUGGGGCCUGUAGGUCGCACGCCGAAGCCCUAGCUGCUGAAGCUCAUCGCUGGUCCGCGGGGCGAGGUCAGGUGCCCCCCUUCUCGCCUCCCUUCUCUCCCUCCCCCACCUCAGUGCGGGCGGGAGAUUCUGCCCGCCUCCUCCCGCAGGGGUGCAGCAGGCUGCGGAGCUGACAGCGGCCCCGCAGCCACCCUGCUCAAACUCUCCGGAAGCAGAUAGAGCUCAGGCCGCCGCCGCCGCAGCCCCGGCGGACCUACAGUUGGACCGGAGACUCCGAUCUUUUGCGUCCAAACUUGGGGCACUUGACCUUCGCUUAUCGGAGGAGGUAAGCCCGCAGGUGGCUGGACAGCUGCGGCGCCGCGAGGGCAUCUUGCUUUGGAACCGUCGGCUGCACUCCCUGACUCUGGGAUUUGCUUCUGGGAUCCAAAGGUGUCUACAGCAGGCGCAUGUUGACUGAGACCUACCGUCAUGGAUGUGUGCGCCCGUCUUGCCCUGUGGCUUCUUUGGGGGCUCCUUCUGCAUCAGGGCCAGAGUCUCAGCCAUAGUCACAGUGAAAAGAAUACAGGAGCUAGCUCCGGGGCGACUUCUGAAGAGUCUACCGAAGCAGAGUUUUGCCGGAUUGACAAGCCCCUGUGCCACAGUGAGGAUGAGAAGCUCAGCUUCGAGGCCGUCCGCAACAUCCAUAAGCUGAUGGAUGAUGAUGCCAAUGGUGAUGUGGAUGUGGAAGAAAGUGAUGAGUUCCUAAGGGAAGACCUCAAUUACCAUGACCCAACAGUGAAACACAGCACAUUCCAUGGUGAGGAUAAGCUUAUCAGCGUGGAGGACCUGUGGAAGGCAUGGAAGUCAUCAGAAGUGUACAACUGGACCGUGGACGAGGUGAUACAGUGGCUGAUUAUCUAUGUGGAGCUGCCACAGUAUGAGGAGACCUUCCGCAAGCUGCAGCUUACUGGCCACGCCAUGCCAAGGCUCGCUGUAACCAACACCACCAUGACAGGGACUGUACUGAAAAUGACAGACCGGAGCCACAGGCAGAAGCUGCAGCUGAAGGCCCUGGACACAGUGCUGUUUGGGCCUCCUCUCUUGACUCGCCAUAAUCACCUGAAGGACUUCAUGCUGGUGGUGUCUAUCGUUAUUGGUGUGGGUGGCUGCUGGUUUGCCUAUAUCCAGAACCGUUACUCUAAGGAGCAUAUGAAGAAAAUGAUGAAGGAUCUGGAAGGGUUACACCGGGCUGAGCAGAGUCUGCAUGACCUUCAGGAAAGGCUGCACAAGGCCCAGGAGGAGCACCGAACAGUGGAAGUAGAGAAGGUCCACCUGGAGAAGAAGCUACGUGACGAGAUCAACCUUGCCAAGCAGGAAGCUCAGCGGCUGAAGGAGCUGAGGGAGGGUACUGAGAAUGAGAGGAGCCGCCAGAAAUAUGCCGAGGAAGAGCUGGAGCAGGUUCGGGAGGCCUUGAGGAAAGCAGAGAAGGAGCUGGAAUCACACAGCUCAUGGUAUGCUCCCGAGGCCCUUCAGAAGUGGCUGCAGCUCACGCAUGAGGUGGAGGUGCAGUACUACAACAUCAAGAAGCAGAAUGCAGAGAAGCAGCUGCUGGUGGCCAAGGAGGGGGCUGAGAAAAUAAAAAAGAAGAGAAACACACUUUUUGGUACCUUCCAUGUGGCCCACAGCUCUUCCCUGGAUGAUGUGGAUCACAAAAUCUUAACUGCUAAGCAAGCACUGAGUGAAGUGACGGCAGCACUGAGGGAGCGCCUGCACCGGUGGCAGCAGAUCGAGAUCCUCUGCGGUUUCCAGAUUGUUAAUAACCCCGGCAUCCACUCCUUGGUGGCUGCUCUCAACAUCGACCCCAGCUGGAUGGGCAGCACCCGCCCCAACCCCGCCCACUUCAUCAUGACUGACGAUGUGGAUGACAUGGAUGAGGAGAUUGUGUCGCCCUUGUCCAUGCAGUCCCCCAGCCUGCAGAGCAGUGUCCGGCAGCGCCUGACGGAGCCACAGCUUGGCCUGGGAUCUCAGAGGGAUUUGACCCAUUCCGAUUCGGAGUCCUCCCUCCACAUGAGUGACCGCCAGCGUGUGGCCCCCAAGCCUCCUCAGAUGGGCCGUGCUGCAGACGAGGCUCUCAAUGCCAUGCCUUCCAAUGGCAGCCAUCGGCUGAUUGAGGGGGUCCAUCCAGGAUCUCUGGUGGAGAAACUGCCUGACAGCCCUGCUCUGGCCAAGAAGACAUUACUGGCGCUGAACCAUGGCCUAGACAAGGCCCACAGCCUGAUGGAGCUGAACCCCUCAGUCCCACCUGGUGGCUCCCCACUUUUGGAUUCUUCCCAUUCUCAUAGCCCCAGUUCCCCAGACCCAGACACACCAUCUCCAGUUGGGGACAACCGAGCUCUGCAGGGUAGCCGAAACACACGAAUUCCCCACUUGGCUGGCAAGAAGGCCAUGCCUGAGGAGGAUAAUGGUUCUAUUGGUGAGGAGACAGACUCUAGUCCAGGCAGGAAGAAGUUUCCCCUCAAAAUUUUUAAGAAGCCUCUUAAGAAGUAGGCAGACUAGGGUGGUAGUGUCGAGACAGCCUGUCCUUCCCUGGGUCUUCUGCCGUCACUUCCCUUCCUUUCUUUGCGAUAUCUGGCCCCCAGAGUGGGGCACAGAGGGGCUUGCCCAAGGGCCUGGGCACUGUACAUACCUGCCCCGCUCCUCCUUGGUCCUUUAUCAUUAUUUAUUAACUGACCACCAUAGCCUGCCUCUCGGGAAACCCUUCCACCCAUGGGCUGCUGCUGUCACAUCCUCUCCACUUCAGUGCAUGUCUUAGUUGCUCUCCCCUCAGUUCCCACUCCACUUUUGGGGUCCAGCUUCUGUCUCUGCUGUCGCAGUUUUGAGGUUUGGUUUUGUUUCUGUCUCCUGCUUUCAGGCUCCUCUCCCCCAUUACUCCCCAGCGAUCCUAGCAGUUGUGGGGAAGAUAGGAGGGGUAACUUGUGACACCUGUACCUCAGAUCUCCAUCCUACUCACAGUCAUUCUGCCUACCCCAGACUGGGCCACAGUCCUGAUCCCUGGGGUUUGUUCUAUGGAAGUGUGGUAGACCAGAGGGAACCUCAUCCUGGAGCUCCUUUGGAGCUCCAGGGCUCCAUUCAGGGAGUGGAACCAACUCCCAGGGAACAAGUCACCAGAGUUUUAUAGAGAGACCAGGCUUGUGAUUGAUGGGAGAGACUUCUCCCAGUUGGAGGAUGAGUAGAUGCCAAAGCUGUGGGCUAUAAGGCAGUUGCCAUUUCUCUCUUGCCCUGCCCACAUCUGCCUUCCUCUUACCUCUGCUCCCCUAUACUGUAGGAGUGUAUCUCUUAAGAGGUGCUGCCCUGAAGCUCCUCAAACGUCAGUACUACUGGGGCUCAGGACAACUGGCUCCCCUGGCUAUGGGAGCCACAGUCAUGACACAGGGCUCUUGUGGAGCCCUGGGCAAGGAUGUUGUAUUUGAACCAAAAGACAAACAGUUUUAAAGUAAAUAAUACAAAAUAAAAUAAAUAAAUCUCCUGAAUUUCCCAAGUGCCUGCACAGCAUCCUCCCUUUGUCAGACUCCAUUUUUGUGUUACUGCAUAGCCUGGGCCACAGGCUCAAAACAGACACAAUUGGUUUGGGGAAGGGGUGGAGAAGGAAGAUGGUAUAUGUAUGUGAAGGCUGCUGUGUGACCACUUCUCCCCCCACGCCUCCCAUCUUCCAGACAACUCUCUCCUUUACCUGUUUUUGCUAUGGCUGUAAAGGUAUUUUUCCCUCUGUCCCAUUCUGUUAUGCCUUUACCCUGAGUUCCUAAUUUGGGCCUGGGUUGGGUGCAGCCGGGGCUGGUCUCAGGCGGGUGCUAGGCUGUAGACUGCCUUGGUGCCCCCUGAACACCCUCACAUGGGUUUUUCUGUGUUAUUUUCAUAAGAUUCUUUGAAGUCCAAUAAAGCAUGUAGGAGAUUUUAACCUCU